AUGCAGCUCCGACAGCAUCUCGUCUCUCUUGGCUUUGCUGCCACUGCUGCCGCACAAGCCUACCAGGGCUUCAACUACGGGUCAACCAAUAACGACGGGUCGUGUCGGGGAUACGAUGAUUUCAGGGGCUUCUUCGAGCGUGCUAAGGGCUUGCCCGGCACGGAGGGCAAGUUUACUGCAGCACGCCUUUACACGUCAAUCCAGUGCGGUACGGCCGCGGAUCCCAUCUCGGCAUUUCAAGCUGCCAUCGACACCGAUACACAUAUACUAGCCGGUCUGUGGGCUAGCGCCGGCCGCGAUGUUUAUGAGAAUGAACUAAAUGCCCUUAUUGCCGCUGCUAACCGGCUAGGCACGGCCUUCACCGACCGCAUCAUCGGCAUUAGCGUCGGCUCCGAGGACUUAUACCGGAGCAGUCCCGACGGCAAAGCCAAUAAUGCCGGCGUCGGUGCUACCGGCGCAGAGAUAGAAGGGUAUAUCGGCUGGAUGCGAGACUGGCUACGCGGUACCCCCUUAGAAGGCAAGCCGAUCGGCCAUGUUGAUACCUGGACGGCUUGGGUUCUACCUGAGAACGCCGGGGUAAUUGCUUCUGUUGACUUCCUUGGGCACAACUCAUUCCCCUAUUUCGAAACUACUAAGCCGAACGCCAUCGGGCAGGCUGCAGACAACUUCUGGUCUGCCGUCCAGCAAACAGAGGGUGUCGCAAGAGGAAAGCCCGUUUUUAUCACCGAAACUGGAUGGCCGAGUUCGGGCCCCCAGCAACGUGACGCCAUCGCUUCGGUCGAGAACGCCAAAAACUAUUACUCGCAAGUCGGCUGUGCGCUUUUUGGACAGCGCACCACCUUCUGGUACACAUUAGUAGAUGCCAACACAGCACAGACAGAUAUUUCAUUUGCUCUUACCCCUAUUGGUGAUGCGACACCGAAAUUUGAUCUGACCUGUUAA